AUGGCGGCGGCAGCCCCGGAGGAGGGCUUCUUCCCGCCCAAGAGAGCCGGGGUAGCAGGCCCCGGGCCUUUCCAGGCGCCCAUUAGGCUACCUGGCACCCAGGCUGCCUUCGAGGACCCACGCAUAUUCCGCAGAACACAUCCUCCUGGUCCGCCCCUAACCUGCCACAUCUUCUACUGCCCCGAAAAAGCAGAGGCCAUGCCCACGGGCACCCCCGCCUCCCCAUCAUCUCCCAGCUUGGCUCUCUGCCCCCACCGUCUCCUUCCCUGCCUUCUCUCGCCAAGAGGUGGCCCUUCUCCUGCCAAACAAGCGCCUCCCACGCAGCCAUGGUCCAUCGCCCUGUCGUCUUGUCCAGAACUGCCCCCAGAAUCCAUCCCCCCGUCCAUCCACAGCAGGGAAAAGCUGAACAAGAACAUGAGGCAACACCCAUUCCAAGGGUCACAGGCGCCCCCGGGACCAGGCCACGAGGAGCCCCACUCUUACUGUAGGCGGGCGCCGCCUCUGAAGGGGGCCAUCCUGAGCAGGGACUAUAAGCAAGGGAAGGGUUUAAAGCAAGAGGGAGGGGAGUGCCCGCUGGCUCAGCCGCCCCGUGCCCGCUGGCUCAGCCGCCCCGUGCCCGCUGGAUCAGCCCGCCCCGUGCCCGCUGGAUCAGCCCGCCCCGUGCCCUCUGGCUCAGCCGCCCCGUGCCCGCUGGAUCAGCCGCCCCGUGCCCUCUGGCUCAGCCGCCCCGUGCCCGCUGGCUCAGCCGCCCCGUGCCCGCUGGCUCAGCCCGCCCCGUGCCCGCUGGCUCAGCCGCCCCGUGCCCGCUGGAUCAGCCCGCCCCGUGCCCUCUGUUUCAGCUGCCCCGUACCCGCUGGCUCAGCCCGCCCCGUGCCCGCUGGCUCAGCCCGCCCCGUGCCCGCUGGCUCAGCCCGCCCCGUGCCCGCUGGAUCAGCAGCCCCGUGCCCGCUGGAUCAGCCCGCCCCAUGCCCGCUGGAUCAGCCCGCCCCGUGCCCUCUGUUUCAGCCCGCCCCGUGCCCGCUGGCUCAGCCCGCCCCGUGCCCGCUGGCUCAGCCGCCCCGUGCCCGCUGGCUCAGCCCGCCCCGUGCCCGCUGGCUCAGCCCGCCCCGUGCCCGCUGGCUCAGCCGCCCCGUGCCCGCUGGCUCAGCCUGCCCCGUGCCCGCUGGCUCAGCAGCCCCGUGCCCGCUGGCACAGCCGCCCCGUGCCCGCUGGCUCAGCCGCCCCGUGCCCCAGAGGUCUUGGAACAUUCCGUCUCCAGGGCUCGGCAAUCGGCCCCAGAUGCAGCGGGGUCGGAAGGUCCACUUGAAUGACCAUCCCGUGGACGCUGGGGAGGAGGGGAAGCCCAGAGCCUGCAGGUGGCAGGACCCUCCGUGCUGGCCCCCUGGUUCUGGCCCUCCAGGGCCGCACAGGCCAGCUCUGGGCCUCUCCCCCAUAAGACGCCCCGAUAUUGCAGCCCAUCUCCAGCCCCUCCCCACCCUCACCCCUCCGAGCCGCAGCCGGCCCCUUCCCAGGAGGCCAGCUCCGAGCCUUGUCCCAGCAGCCUCCCCGAGGCCUGGAGAAGGGAGGCUCCGGGGGGCAGAGACGGCCGAGGCUGUGCCGAAGCUCAGGGCCCCGGGGUCGUCCCUGACCAUCCGCUGCAGCCCUGGGCAAUCUAGGCCAAGCCUGGGCUCUCGAACCCCUAGAAAACGAAUGCCUCCUCCUUGGCAGCCGUGCCCACCCCCACGGGGCAUCCCAGAGCCCGAGAGACCUGCGGCCCUGGAGGUGAGAACAAGAGCAGGGGGCAAUCCUGGGAAAUAG